UUCAACGUUAGAUGGCUACUGUUGGCGGGCUUUGGGCGACCUGCCUUGGCCAUGAGCGUGCCAUUGGUAAAGAUGUCGUGAGGAUAAGCACCAGUCCCAGCGCUUUGUGGACAUCAGGAAGGCGGUUUGCCAAAUGCCAGCGUGCUGGGGCUCAAUGUAUCAUUGGAGGCUUCCUAUGCGCAAUUCCACUUCGCAAGAGAUGCCGCAGCUUUGCAAAGGGACACUUAUCUGAGAGCAAGCCUGGGAACGGGAACGAGUGCUUCAGCCCUUUCCCUGCCGGCUAUGAACUCUACAACUCUGUCGUGCGAUUCAUUGGAACUCAUGGAACGGGGCAGUCUUGGCAGAUGCGCCAGGCCUUGAUGCCUUCUGGACAGCUGAAGUUGAAGGUGAUUGUCGAAGCGGGUCUUGGAUGGCACACGAUUCACUGGGAAGGCGUGGUGCGGCUGAGUUCGCACCUGGCGCGUGAGAGUGAGGAGAUCCAUACAAUCCUUUGCUCUUCUAGAAUCUAGACAUUGGGGAGGCAGACAUGGGUUUUGCUAUGAAGUGAAUGCACGAUCGUGUUUUCCGGCUGUGAUUUGCUGGGUUUCUGCUCUUGAACUGUCGCAUCCCUAGUUGCCUCUUUUGACCUUGUCUCUCAGCUCCCUCGCGGUCUUGUCUCCAGUCGGAUGGUUCAUAUCUUGCGAGACUGCAUGCAACUUUUCUAUGCUUCACUGCUUGUGGCUGGGUUUUCCAUAGUAAGCGGCCAGUAGGACCAGUAUGAUCGAAAUCAGACAUUUCCUGCACCUGCGACGCAGUCGUCACCAGCUGUGACCUUGAUGUGUUCUGUUUGUGAAAGACAUGAUGUUCAAACAGGAAGGAUUGAAACGAAUGUGCAACAGCCUUUCGAUGAAACUCAAGGCAAGGAGAUCGAGAGCCUCCACCUGGAAAAGGGCCAAGCUGGGCACAAGCAGAUUUUCAUUUUUCUUCAUGAAGACGAGGGCUGCGGAUCCGAAGCCAAAGAAGUGCUGCAGCAGUUUUUCAAUUCCUGUCUUGCAGAGUAUGCGAAGGAACCGCUGGCGACCACUGACGAUGCCAUGGUGGAGACCCAGGCUGAAGAGGUGGAAAAACCCAAGUUUUGGGUACAAGAAUUGGUUGAGGCGGCUCUAAGAGAAGAGGAAGCUGAGGAAUCAGAAACAGUCCAAUGGAGUAAGCUGCAGAAGGAUGAGGCAGAAGAACGUGGCUCCAGACGGCUAGGCCUGGACUUCGAUCCCCUGGCGCCAAG